UAAACAAACUACGACGCAAGAGAGAAGGUUCAACCGACGUCAGCGGUUGGCAUCCCACAGGUGGCUUCUGUUGUCAUAAGCCCCUCCUUCCAUCCAUGUAGAGGAGCAGUCACAACCUCAACAAGCGGGAAAGUGUUUCCCCGCCAGCAGAGGUGGGACUAACAAGUCCUUCGCCACUGAUCGACUUACACUGCAACUUACAAGACAGUACCUUAACCUUAAUCUGAACGCAUCGCACCCCAACCUCAACAAAUCAAUUCAAGCAAUCCCGAAGCAGCAAAACAACCUUGUGUGUGAUUCAUACAUCUGGAACAUCAUAUACGUACCCUGUUUACUCCUGCCCUGCAACACCCUGCAACACCCUGCAUCAUGGCUCCGCGACUCCUAUGGAUUGGCCUGGGGAACAUGGGCCGGGUAGGUGCACCUUGCAGCGACGCUGAAACGAGAGGACCUAACAUGCCAGCUAGGGGAUGUGCAAACAAGUCGUUGAAAAGGGAGAUUUCGAGCAGACACUUCUCCUGUACAACCGCACGAAACAGCGCUCCCUCGAGUUCAGUGAGAGGUGUCCCGCCGGGAAAACUGAAGUCAUCGACUCGAUUGCCGCAGGAGCCGUCAAAGCCGACAUCAUCUUCACCAUCCUCGCCAAAGACGACGUCGUCGAGGCUGUAGCAGACGAGAUCUUGAAGGCUGGCGACGUCAAGGGGAAGCUCAUUGUGGAGUGCUCCACCGUCCACCCGGAAACCACCACACGCCUCGCCAAGACAUUCCAUGAUCAUGGCGCCGAGUUCGUUGCCGCUCCCGUCUUUGGCGCACCUGCCAUGGCCGAGAUCGGGCAGCUGGUCGGCGUUCUCGCAGGCCCAAGGGCCUCGGUAGACAGAGUCAAGCCUUACUUCACAGGUGUCAUGGCCCGCAGCAUCAUCGACAUGAGCGACGCGCCGUAUGAGAGACCGCUCCAGCUGAAGCUGAUCGGAAACACCUUCAUCCUGAACAUGGUCGAACAGCUCUCCGAGGCCCUUGUCCUUGCCGAGAAGUCCGGACUCGGCACUGACUACCUGCACCAAUUCGUCGAGAACAUGUUCCCCGGUCCGUAUGUGGCUUAUUCGACCCGCAUCCAGUCUGGGGCGUAUCAUCGGAUGGCGUACCCACUGUUCCCGGUCGACCUCGCGCUGAAGGACGCCAGACAUGUCCUUAGUUUGGCUGAGGCCUCCAACGCCCGGCUGGCGAACGUUGAGGUGGCUAAGGCUCACCUGACCCAGGUGAAGGAACGCCAGGGGGAGAAGGGAGACAUUGCCAGCAUUUAUGGCGUUGUCAGGGAAGAGGCCGGGCUGAAGUACGAGAACAACUGAUCAAUGGCCGGCUGGGCGGUUUGGCGGGAGGAGAUUCCUACGGCAGACAGAAGUAUGGUUUAGUGCAGUAUUAGACUAAAAACGACAUGAAUUCAAC